UAGCGCGUUCAGAAAAUGGCGGAAUAACAAAUUAGUUUAUGAAUGUUUUUAUUAAUAUUUUAGUUAUUUAACAUCAUGCAUAUAAAACAGGUUAUUAUUCAGGGAUUUAAAAGUUACAGAGAUCAAACUGUGGUUGAGCCUUUUGAUAAAAGGCAUAAUGUAGUUGUAGGACGUAAUGGUUCUGGAAAAAGUAACUUUUUCUAUGCCAUACAAUUUGUACUUAGUGAUGAGUUCUCACAUCUACGGCCUGACCAACGGCAGGCCUUACUUCAUGAAGGCACUGGACCCAGGGUAGUUUCUGCUUAUGUUGAAAUCAUAUUUGAUAAUGCUGAUUCACGUGUACCAAUUGAGCAUGAAGAAAUUUACUUGCGUAGAGUAAUUGGUGCCAAAAAGGAUCAGUAUUUUUUGAACAAGAAAGUUGUUCCCAGAAGUGAGGUCAUGAAUUUGCUGGAAUCAGCUGGAUUUUCCAAUUCAAAUCCUUACUAUAUUGUUAAACAAGGAAAAAUUAACCAAAUGGCCACAGCUCCAGAUGCACACAGGUUGAAAUUGCUUAGAGAAGUUGCUGGUACAAGAGUUUACGAUGAAAGACGUGAUGAAUCGAUGACGAUUUUGAGAGACACUGAAGGAAAGAUUGAAAAAAUUGAGGAAUUUCUUCGAACAAUUGAAGAACGUUUAAGUACUUUGGAGGAGGAAAAGGAAGAGUUAAAACAGUAUCAGCAUUAUGACAAAAUCAGAAGAACAUUGGAAUACAUCAUUCAUGAUUUUGAACUUAAUGAUAACAAGAAAAAGCUAAAUGAUCUUGAAUUAAAAAGAAAUGAAUCCGGCACAGAGCAGGAAAAACUAACAGGAAAUCUGAAAAAAGCUCAAGACAAUAUCAAGAAUUACACAAAAAAAACUAAAGAAACCAAAAAAGAGUUAAAUUCCUUGAAGGAAGAAAGGGACAUUUUGGGCAAUGAUCAGCAACACUUGAUCAAAGAAAAAGCCAAGUUGGACUUGACCAUCAAAGAUUUGUCUGAAGAGGUGCAAGGUGAUAAUAAGUCCAGAGAAAGAGCAGAGAAUGAACUGGCUCGUUUGACCAAGUCAAUCACUGAAAAGGAAGCAGAUUUAGAGAAGGUGAAGCCUCAGUAUGAAGCCAUGAAGAAGAGAGAAGAAGAAUGCACAAGGGAGCUGUCUCUUAAAGAGCAAAAGAGAAAGGAGUUGUAUGCCAAACAAGGCAGAGGUAGUCAGUUUGCUUCAAAGGAUGAUCGUGAUAAAUGGAUUCAACAGGAAUUAAAGUCUUUAAAUAAACAAUUAAAGGAUAAAAAAGAUCACAGGGAUAAGUUGGAGGCAGACUUAAAAAGGGAUGCUGCUAAAGAAAUUGAGUUGAACCAGAAAAUUGAUGAACAAUCACAAGAACUUGAAAGGCAGAAAAAUUGUAUUGAUGAGCAUAACAAGCAGUGUUAUGAACUAAAGAAAAAUAAGGACCAGUAUCAAGCCACAAGAAACGAGCUGUGGAGAAAAGAGAACAACGUGCAGCAAAACCUGUCGUCACUGAAAGAGGAUCUGGCCAAAGCCGACCAACAGCUGCGCUCGAUGGCCGGCAAACCGAUCCUGAACGGUCGCGACAGCGUUCGCAAAGUGCUCGACACGUUCGUGCAGCGCGGCGGCAUGGAAGCGGAGAUCGCGCGCUCCUACUACGGCCCCGUCAUCGAAAACUUUGACUGCGACAAGAGCAUCUACACGGCCGUGGAGGUGACGGCCGGUAACCGUCUGUUCCAUCACGUCAUCGACUCCGACAAGGUGGGAACGCAAAUUUUGAAAGAGAUGAAUAACCAGAAGCUGCCCGGCGAGGUCACGUUCAUGCCCUUAAAUCGUCUCAAUGCCAGGGAGAUGGACUAUCCCAAUGAUUCGGAUGCCAUUCCAAUGGUAUCGAAACUUCAUUACGACGCAAAAUACGACAAAGCCAUGCGCUUCCUGUUCGGUAAAACCCUAAUUUGCCGUAACCUAGAUGUGGCCACAAAAUUGGCCCGUACUACAGGUCUCGAUUGCGUCACCUUGGAUGGCGAUCAAGUCUCCUCCAAAGGUUCCCUUACCGGAGGCUACUUCAACUCGUCCCGAUCCCGCCUUGAAAUGCAGAAAAAUCGCAGCGAAACCAUGCAGCAAAUUAAACAGUGCGACGAAGAAUUAAAGAACUUAAGAACCGAAUUAUCGAAAACGGAAUCGUCCAUAAAUAGCAUUGUUUCCGAGAUGCAGAAAACCGAGACCAAGAACAGCAAAGCAAAGGGCAUAUUCGAUAAGGUCAAAGGUGAACUUCGUCUGAUGCGCGAGGAGUUAUCCAACAUAGAUCGGUUUAGAGGACCGAAAGAAAGGAGUUUGGCGCAGUGCAAGUCGAACCUGGAAGCGAUGCAAACCACCAAAGAAGGCUUGGAAUCCGAGUUGCACCAAGAAUUGCUGUCGCAGCUUUCGGUCAUCGAUCAGGCCGAAGUCGAUUCUCUCAACGACGAUAUUCAACGAUUGCAAAAGGAGAACAAGGAGGCUUUCAGUACUCGUAUGAAGCUCGAAGCCGAGAAGAACAAGCUGGAGAACUUGUUGACCAACAAUUUAAUUCGGCGCAGGGACGAAGUUCUGCAUGCUCUUCAAGAAAUAUCGCUUGAAGAUCGUAAAAGGCAGCUUGUUAAUAGCAGAUCGGAAGUUGAAGAGAUCGAUAAGAAAAUCGAGAAGGUCAACAAGGAGUUAAGUUCUGUUGAGAUUAAAGUUAAAGAUAUAAAUAAAAGGCUUAAACAAGAACAGACUGAACUUGAAAAUUGGAAAAAGAAGGAGAAGGAAGCCCAAGAAAAAAUCGACGAGGAUGCAAAGCAUUUAGAAAAAUUUGCCUCCAAACAAAACCUUAUGGAGCAAAAGAUUGCAGAAUGCGUUGAAAAAAUUAAUCAACUUGGGGCUUUACCUGCGCAAGAUUUGCAUUCACAGUACAAGAAGAUGACUCAACGUUCAUUGUUUAAAGAACUGGAAAAAACAAAUAAUCAGCUAAAGAAGUUUAGUCAUGUGAACAAGAAGGCUUUAGAUCAAUUUAUGAGCUUCUCAGAUCAGAAGGAAAAAUUGCAAAAACGUAAAGAAGAAUUAGAUAGGGGGGACGAGAAAAUCAAAGAGUUGAUCGCCAUGUUGGAACAAAGAAAAAUGGAAGCCAUUCAGUUCACCUUCAAGCAGAUCUCCAAAUUCUUCACAGAAGUGUUCAAUAAAUUGGUCCCCGCUGGCAGAGCAAAACUCGUAAUGAAAACCAACGACAGCGAAGAGGGCCGUGAUAUACGACCAGACGAUGUGGAUUCCGAGAUAUUCAAAGGCAUCGGUAUCAAAGUUUCCUUCACCGAAUCGGACUCUGAGAUGAAAGACAUGAACCAACUGUCGGGCGGUCAAAAAUCCCUGGUCGCUUUGGCGCUGAUUUUCGCCAUCCAAAAGUGCGAUCCUGCGCCGUUCUACCUGUUCGACGAAAUCGAUCAGGCCUUGGAUCCGCAGUACAGGAAAUCCAUAGCCAAUAUGAUCCACGAGCUGAGCAGCGAGGCGCAGUUUAUCACGACCACUUUCAGGCCCGAACUGCUCGAGCACGCAAAUAAGUUUUACGGCGUCAAGUUCAGGAAUAAGGUUAGUCACGUCGAAUGCGUUUCCAGAGAGGUGGCCAGAGAUUUCGUCGAGGAUGACCAGACGCACGGUUAACUUUUUUCUUGUAAGAUUUUUUAUCACAAUAUUCUUUUAAUUUAAACUUUAAAUAUAUAAAUGUAUUUAAGAAAGUUUUAUUUGUAUGAAAAUA